AUGAUAUAUAAUAGUCUGAUUCCAGUUAGCAGGAUCCUUCUCCGCUGGCGGCGAAAGGUCCGAGCAGUCUGUUCGAAUGAGAAUGAUACGCCCCUCUCCAAGUCAUCCACCACCUUUCAGUCCAAACAGCCCGAAUCUGAAAGUGGAGCAGCGCUGCAUUCGGACGGCUGGCAAGACAACUGUGUACCCCUCAAGCCAUUGUUAUACCCUCACCGGCAAACUGCCACCGCCGCUGUAGGCAACGCGAAUGAGGCUUCUUCGCCUCCGCCUUUGAUUAAGGUCGUCGAUUGCCCCGCAAAGGAUAGGCAAGGACUAUCACAUGAAGAUGAAACUAACAGCAAGGUCGAUCGAGAUGUUAUUUCUAGUAGCCAAUAUGACGAUACAGAUAACACGGCCAAUGCGGAGACCUUACUUUCAGACCGAUGCCUGGUCGAAAAAAUCUUUAAUGGGCCUCAAAUAUCACAGCUGGAACAUACACUCAACGAGCUGGGUGAGAAAUUUCACUAGAAAGUGGAAACGGUAGAAGCGACGGUUGAGCACGUCCUCAAACCUGUUCAGGCCGCUUUUGAGACAAUUGUCGAUACGUUCACAGAAAAUAGUGGGUGGCUUAUGAAAGCCCUCGACGAGGUAUCAAAGAUCCAUCCAUUCAUCAGUGCUGC